AUUAGACGUUUAAAAUCAUAUGGUCAUCAAUGUUUACACUUUUUGACAUUGCCGUGCUUGCAGUUGUUUGGCAGAAUCAAACAAAGAGAUCAGUUUUGUUUAAUAAAUAUCAUGGAUAUCAACACAGUUUCGAUACAGUCUUUUGAGUAUCCGUUUAAAGUACGGAGAAGUGCCGUAUAUUGGUGCUGUGUUCGUGGUUGCAGGUCCAAAUAUUUUCUCCGGGAUACUGGUCAAGAAAACGACGGAGGGUUUUUUAAAUUCCCAAAUCCGGCCAACCAAAAGUCAAUCCACUGCCAGCAACUGGCGGAGCAACGUUUAACCAGAUGGAAAGAAGCGAUUGGGUGCGAGGUUCGACCUGGAUCAAGAAUCUGCUAUCGACAUUUUCAAGAAGGUAAACCAGCUCGUUUGACGAGUGUUAACGAUGCCGACUGGAUUCCAACCAGGUACCUCAAGUAUGAAACGCAUGUAGAGAAUAUGCUUCCAUAUUCAACCGACAAUUCUAUUGUCGUAUCAGAAAGAGAUGGUUCAACGAAUGUAAUUGGCACACCUAAUACGUUGGAUUCAAUAUUUGAUUGUUCUUCGAGUGCUGUUGCAGAAAUCUUCGAUGAAAUCGAAUCGGAAAAUUCCACAAAAGCUAAUCGUGAUAAGCAGAUCCGAAAACAUAAUGCUACCGUUCAGGCUACGUCCAUAGUGAGGAGUACUUUUACACAAACUGAUGUGACAUCCGAGGCACAAGUAAGAACUCUACAAGCAGAAGUUAAAGGACAAGCAGUGAUAAUUGAAGAGCUUCAGCGACGAAUCCGGAGGACUAAAGUUAAUUUGCAGACGUUGCGGGAAAAUCCUAAUGAUGUGAAGUAUUACACCGGCCUAGGCAGCUAUGCUGUUGUGGAAAAGAUCUUCGUCAAAAUCGAACCAUUCUUGCUUACUCCUUUAAAUUUGAAUAAAGACGAAGUGCUACUAAUGACUCUUCAAAAAUUACGUCACGAUGCAACAUAUAAGAGUCUCGGAAUUGCAUUUGAAAUAUCGCCCACGACUUCUGCAAAGUACUUUUUGUCCACGAUUUAUACCAUGUUUACAGUCUUUCACGAUGUAGUACACUGGCCAGAACGAGAAACCUUGAAGAGACACACUCCGCAGUGCUUCCGAGAUUCAUUCGGCGAAUCGAUAACGACAAUCAUAGAUUGUUUUGAAAUUAAAGGAGAGCGUCCGGCGAAUCCAGUAGCAGCAGCUCAGCAAUGGUCGGAGUAUAAAAAAAGUUGCACCGUGAAAUACCUUAUCGCUAUCUCAUCCAGUGGGUACAUAAUGUUUGUUUCCAACGGAUUCGGUGGUCGAGCAUCUGAUAAAUUAAUCACCGAGAGCUGUGGAUUUCUGGAACACAUUAUAGAAGGAGACAUCGUUAUGGGUGAUCGAGGAUUUCUGAUACAAAACGAACUACAGAAGAAGAAGGCAACACUGUGCAUCCCUGCAUUUAGAAAGUCUGGAAAUCAGUUGUUGGCUGUAGACACCGAGCGUACACGUAACGUUGCUAAUGUUCGGAUACAUGUUGAGAGAAUAAUUGCUAAUCUACGGAACAAAUUCAACAUAAUAAAAGAUCGUGUUCCAAUGACUCUUGUAGUCAGGAAACACAACGGUCAUAUGCUAAUGGACAUGAUCGUAAGAGUUGCAGCUAUUUUAGUUAACUUAUGUCCCGAAAUAGUUAAUUAAGCAGACUUUUUA